CGAAAGCGAUCUGUGCUGUAUUUGUGAUUCAUUUGUGUUCUGAAGUUUGUCUUGUCAGUGUCUAAUCAAAGAUGUCUAAGCCUAAAUUAAUAGUGUUUGACCUCGAUUACACUCUCUGGCCAUUCUGGGUUGACACUCAUGUCCGAGCGCCGUUUCACAUCGAUGACGGGGGCAUAGUGAGGGAUUCCAGAUGUGAAAAAGUUCCCAUUUAUCAUGAUACCGAAAAGAUCCUGCGCUCGCUCCAUGGUCAGGGCUUCAAGAUCGGCAUCGCAUCACGGACCAGCGAGACUGAAGGAGCCAAUCAACUACUGUCACUCUAUAAUCUUGACCAAUACAUUUCCUUCAAGGAAAUCUACCCAGGGUCAAAGGUCACUCACUUUAAAAGGCUGAAAGCUGACAGUGGCGUCCAGUUUUCUGACAUGAUGUUUUUUGAUGACGAGGACAGGAACAUCGUGGAGGUCGGCAGGCUCGGUGUUACCUGUGUGCUGGUUUUCAAUGCGAUCACCUGUGAUCUAGUCAAUAAAGCGCUGGAGCAGUUCAGCAAGAAGCAGUGAUGAAGGGGAAUCCAUUCGCCGAGGAGUCUGAUGUGUUUACGGGUCAUUUUUGUGUAAACAUUUCAGUGCAAGUGCUUCAAAUAUUUAUUUAUUUCUUAUAACGAUUAGAUUUAAAUUUUUGGUCUACUUGUGAUGCAGUUAUUCAUCACUUUGCUAUAUAAAUAGAUGGUUGAUUCCAUCAUUUUUAAAAAAGUGACAUUCACCUGUUGUUGUUUUUUUCUUUCAAUAGAGAAUACGCACAGCUAGUGUUUUUUUCCUCGACUGAUAAACUUCCUGUAAACGGUUAA